AUGGGCUUUUGGGAAGAUGGAUCUGAUAAUGAUGGUUGUUUUGAAACCGACGUCGUGGAAUGGUGUCAUAGAUUCACGACAGAUUCCAUAACUCAUUUCACAACCGGGAAGAGAAUUCAUGCGAUCGAAGCAUAUUACAAUGAAUUAUUGGCAGCACAAAACAGGAAACCUAAAAAACCUUCAGAGAAUGAUUUACGUGACGCCUCGAAAUUCUUUAAGAGCAUAAAAACUUUAAUUGUUGGAAUCUAUUUCUUCAUAAUCGUCCCUCCAUGGCGACUUCGAGUUGAGCUGGACGCAUUCUUUAAAAAAAUGGGCGAUCGACGUCUAGAUCUCGAAAGUUUAUCGGAUUUAGUUUACACCGAUGCCAUCAUCAAAGAAUCAUUUAGGAUGUUCACACCUGCACCAUACACGGCACGAAAUAGCACCGCCGAAGAUAUAGUGGCAGACCGUGUGUGGCCCGAGGGAACACAAUACAUCAUAAAUAUUCAUGGUCUAAAUUCAUACUGA